AAUACAUGCAUAAGUGCAUUUAACAAUUAUAUAUUAACUUGUCAAGUUCAUUCCUUCACUCAUUCAAGCUCAAAAUAUAUACACAAUGCUGUUUUCCAUUAUGAAACUAGUUUUUUCUCAAUAUUCUUUGCUCUCUUCUUCUUCUGCAAAUGCUGCUGUGUUGUUGUGUGUUCUGGUAAUGAUUUGCAGAAGCAGUGAAGCAGUGGUGAAUCUGCCUAAGAAUGUGACAGUUCCGGCGGUGAUAGCGUUUGGGGAUUCCAUAGUGGAUCAAGGAAACAACAACGUUAUCGAAACAAUAAUUAAGUGCAAUUUCCCACCUUAUGGGAAGGAUUUUGUGGGUGGACCUACUGGCAGGUUUUGCAAUGGCAAAACCCCUGCAGACCUCAUAGGGUUUUCUGUUGCGGAUAAAGGGUGUUGUGGGACAGGGAAUUUAGAGGUGAGCAUACUGUGUAACAAAUUGACUGAUCCAUGUCCAAAUGACUCCGUAUACGUAUUCUGGGACAGCUACCAUCCCACAGAGAGGUGCUAUAGAGUACUCGUCAAUCAGAUCCUUCAGUCUAGUCUCAACAAAUUCUUCUGAUCCUGCCCCAUUUGCCUCUCGUGAUUUCCCUCAAAUCAAAUCUUCUCUCUUCACUUACUAUCGAACUGUCAAAGUAAUUGAAAUAACACACAUACAUAGUGUAUGAUCAUUUCAUGAUGUAUUGUUUGUGCAUAUUCCUUGACUUAUAUUUUGGUACUGAUAUGUGAGGUUUUUAUUGUGGGUUUAGUCAAGCUGGUUUUGAUUGUAUAUGUGAGAGAGCUAGGCAUGGAUUGGAUCCUCCAACAAAAUGUUGCAUUUUUACAGAGUUUUGUUAAGCUCCUUGGCUUCGUCUUGUGUUGUGUUGUGUUUUUUAUUUUUUUAUUUUUUUUAUGCAUUUUAGUGCUUGUUCUGAGUUUAAUACCCUGAUUGAAUGCAAAACUCAGUUUUACACUUGCAAGUAUUAUA